AUGAAGUUUGCAAAGGAAUUGGAGGACGAAGCCGUCCCCGAAUGGAGAGUUAAAUAUCUCAAUUACAAGGCAGGAAAGAAAAAAAUCAAGGCCAUCUCGAAAGCCCUCCGAGCUCUCAACAAAACACCUGCCAUCCCUGGCCGUCCAAACCUCCUCCCUGAAGAUGCGGAUGGAACCCCUUUUACCCAUUAUGACUUUAAUCGGCCCCGCCCGGGCACCGCUCAUUCUAUCCAGUCGCUACCCGAACUCGACGAGAUUGCUCCUGACCAAGAUGCAGACCGGGAUCACCAGCCGCCUGCCAUGCGAAAGGAGAGCGAGACUUGGUUUGCACAAUCGCCGCCCAUUCUCAUUCCGGGGGCAGAGAGUCAAGAGGGGAGCGGUGGGUCAACACCGGAAAGACAACCACUGCACGGCAGCCAUCGAUACCCACGGACCAGACGACCGAUGAAUUAUGGGAGUAUUGUCGGUACGCCCCCAUCAGAAGAGAUAUCGGGACACCUGGCGACUCUCGAACUUCCUGAUCCGGCGUUGAACCCUGCUCGGGGUCGAACGACAACGGAAACAGAACCUCCACCUUCAUGUCCCCCUCUGCCGCGACCUGUUCCGGAGGCGGUCCAGGUUCCUCCCGGCCCUGAUCCGUAUCACGUCGGUGAAACCACCCGCCGAGCACGACACAGCUUGGGAGGCGGGCUUGCGAAAACCAUGUUCCAAAAACGAGCGGCGGCAGGGUCUCAAUCGUUAUCCGUUCCCAAGUUGAAUACCUACCCUCGAUCUCGGUUGAGGAGAUUAUUCUCCGCACAAGCCCUAGAUGAGCCUACCGUCAAUGAUGUGCAACUCGAAGCGUAUAGAGAACUCGACGCUCGGCAAGCCGAAUUCUUUUCGUUUUUAGACAGCGAACUAGACAAAAUCGAGUCGUUUUACAAGUUCAAAGAGGAGGAAGCCACGGAACGUCUCCAAGUUCUUCGACGACAGCUGCAUGAGAUGAGGGAUCGCAGACUGGCCGAAAUUUUACGAUCAAAGAAGCCUGAAGAGACACUGAGUCCACCGGCUGUGGACGGAGUUUUGUCUGGUGAUCGGUCAAGAGCAUCCCUCAAGGAGCACAUCCGUCCCAAUGGAAAUGGGUCUUCCUAUUUCAUCAAGAAACCCCUGGAGGACGCUCUUGCACGCCGCAAAACCGUGGACAAAACGCUUCAGGCAAUGCAGCAAUUGAGUUCCCCCCCAGGACCGAAGGCUCAACAACGGAUUCACGAUGCGAAGCAAGAUUAUGUCCGGCAUAACCAUGGAAAUGACAUUCCGCACCGGGUCGCGAAGAGGAAACUCAAACUGGCGUUGCAGGAAUUCUACCGAGCUCUCGAAUUGCUCAAAUCCUACGCUCUCCUCAACCGAACCGGAUUUCGCAAAAUCAACAAGAAGUACGACAAAGCGGUCCAAGCUCGGCCACCACUGCGAUAUAUGUCGGAAAAGGUCAACAACGCGUACUUCGUGACCAGUGAUGUGAUUGACCAACAUCUGACCGCGGUCGAAGAUUUGUACUCGCGUUACUUUGAGCGCGGCAACCGCAAAAUUGCCGUCCGGAAACUUCGAUCGAAGUUGGGCGCCGGAGACCAAUCCGGAACGACGUUUCGCAACGGCCUCUACGUGGCAGCGGGAACUUGUUUUGGGGUGGCCGGUCUCAUGGACGCCAGCCAUCGGCUCAAUGAUCCCAAUCCGCUCGUGGCGACCCAUACGAGCUACCUCCUGCAGCUGUAUGCCGGAUACUUUCUGGCCCUCCUUUUAUUCCUCCUGUUUUGCCUGGACUGCCGGGUCUGGACCCACGCACAUAUCAAUUACGUCUUUGUUUUCGAAUACGACACUCGACAUGUCCUGGACUGGCGACAAUUGGCCGAAUUACCUUGCUUCUUUCUAUUCUUAAACGGUCUCUUUCUCUACCUCAAUUUUCAGCAGAGUUCCGAUGAUGGGUUUUACCUGUAUUGGCCGAUCGUGCUAAUCGCGAUCACGCUGGUCAUGAUGGUGCUUCCCUUCAAAAUUCUCUACUACAACGCAAGACGGUGGUGGGGUUAUUCCAAUUGGAGACUUCUCCUGGCCGGCUUGUACCCCGUCGAAUUCCGAGACUUCUACUUGGGCGACAUGUAUUGCUCUCAGACGUACGCGAUGGGCCAGAUUGAGGUGUUUUUCUGUCUCUAUGUGAAUGACUGGAAUCAUCCGGCCCAAUGCAAUUCAAAUCACUCCCGGCUUUUGGGAUUCUUCACGGCGCUUCCGGCGGUCUGGCGUGCUCUCCAAUGUCUUCGCCGCUACCACGAUUCCCGAAACUGGUUUCCCCAUCUGGCCAAUUUCUGCAAGUACUUGGGCAACAUUCUGUACUACAUGACGCUCUCCAUCUAUCGCAUGGACAUGACCUACGAAACACGCGCCGCCUUCAUCACCUUUGCCGCCCUCAACGGAAUUUACUGCUCAUUCUGGGACGUUUUUAUGGACUUUAGUCUCGGGAAUCCAUGGGCAAAGCAUCCUUUCCUGCGCGAUCAGCUUGCCUACAAGAAAGUCUGGGUCUACUACUUCGCGAUGGUGGCCAAUGUCGUACUGAGGCAGCAGUGGGUAUUCUACGCCAUAUUCACUUCCGACCUACAACAUUCGGCCAUGUUGUCCUUCCUCGUCAGUCUAGCGGAAGUCAUUCGCAGAGGAAUGUGGUCUUUGUUUCGUGUCGAGAAUGAACAUUGCAACAACGUGGGCCAAUUCCGUGCCUCCAGAGAUAUCCCAUUGCCGUAUGACCUGCCGCAUUCACCGAGCGUGCGCGGCCAAUCCGCCGAAUCAAAACGCCAAACCCUGUCCGCGCCUGGCGAUCACGCGACUCAGACGGACGCGACGGGCGUCGAUCUGGAACGUUCAUCUACUCUGACGACUACCUCUUCCCUCCGCAAGCGCAAGACGCCGACCACGCCGCGCACCCCCGGUCUCCGUGCCCUGCAACGCGUUGGCACUGCCAUUGCGUCGGCACAUGCACAAGACUUCGAGAAACGCCGCCGACCCGAGAUCGAAGGUGCUGGACAUGACGACGCCACUCUUGCCGAAGAAGGUAGUAGUGACGAGGAGGACGAUGGAGACGGUGGCGAUGAAGAGGUGGCCGAACUCCAACGUCAGAGACAACAUGAGAUUGAUGAGCGUGAAAUUACCGAGGCCGAGAGGAUGGUCAGUCGCGCCAGAGACGGCGUGCGCUAG